AUGCGCGUCGGUUGUGUACCUCUUUUAAGCGCCUUGCUCAUCGCAUUGGUCGGAGAUGCGCAAGCGUUAGAUUUCCCUUCGGUUGUUCCGGCUGUUCAAUCAUACUCGCUAUUGGACAUCACCGGCUUCCGCCUCGCUUCAAAUGUCACUAUAGUGGUCGACAGCGCAACUUCAGACGUGCGCGACGAUGACGGAAUGACUUUGGUCCCUCCAUCACUGUUCGAGUUCGCGGAGACCUUCGCUGAAGACCUUCGCUCUCUCUUUCCAAAAACCUUGGUGCAAGUCAGCAUUGGAAGCCCGAACACCGGCGAUGUAUCUUUGGCAGUUGCACCUGUGCUUAAUUCGACUUUGGCUAGUGGCAGAUCAACAUCGGAAGCCUAUCUACUCUAUGUCACUGAUACGGUGACCAUCAUCGGCGAGGGAGCGCGCGGCGCGUUCUGGGCAACACGGACGCUUCUACAGGGACUUGUCUUGGGAAAUGGGACCUUCCCAGCAGCACAUGUGCUUGACCACCCAGACUGGGAGACAAGAGGGUAUAUGCUGGAUGUUGGCCGCCAAUGGUACCCUAUCUCAUUCAUGAAGGAGUUGUGCACGUAUGGGUCGUGGUUCAAGGCUAAUGAAUUCCAUACGCACCUUUCUGACAACGUCAGUCCUGCAGUACAAGGUGGAGAUGCGAACACGACUUACGCGCGCUUCCGGCUACGCCCCGAGACGGCGUCCCUUGCUGGUCUCACUCCUCACAUCAAUGAGACAUACUCCCAGUCCGAGUUUGAGGACUUCCAACAACAUUGCGCGUCCCGUGGUGUGACUGUCAUACCAGAGAUAGAGUCUCCUGGACAUGCACUGGUGAUCACUCAGUGGAAGCCUGAGCUGGCCUUAUCUUCGGAUCCUACUUUGAUCAAUCUCACCGUGCCAGACGCGAUCCCCACGGUCAAGUCCAUAUGGUCAGAGUUUCUUCCCAUCCUGCACUCAAAACAAGUCUCUAUCGGCGCUGAUGAGUACGACGCUGAUCUCGCGGAUGACUACAUCAACUUCGUGAAUGAUAUGAGCGACUUCAUCGGCCAAUGGAACAAGUCUAUCCGCAUCUGGGGCACUAACGAGCCUUCAAAGACUCUAUCUGUCAGCACUAACAUCACGAUUCAGCACUGGGAGUUCUUUGACGACAAUCCGCUCGAGCUCAUUGAACAGGGCUACAACGUCAUCAACAGCGACGAUGGAUUCCAGUACAUCGUGAUGAAAUUCUCGGGCUCGUAUCCUCAGAUGCUGAACCAGACGCGUUUGUGGGAUGGUGCCAACGUGAACACGGGGGGGAUAUGGGACCCUCACGUCUUUGAUAGAGGUAACGCGACCGAUAACCCAGCUAUCAACAACCCGCUUCUGCAAGGAUCCAUCAUGGCAUGCUGGAACGACCACGGUCCUGCGGCUUCAACAUAUCUCGAGGCGUUCUACGCCGUGAAAAGUGGCAUUCCAGUCGUCGCCGCAAAUGCAUGGCAAUCGAGCUCGCGCACCAAUCAUCUCACCCUGGAUCAGUUUACGUCUUCCUUCAGCACGCUUGAAGCCUCAGCACCGGCGCAGAACCUGGACCGCCGCAUUCCUAGCAAUGGAUCGACGAUCGUCGACUACAACCUCACACUCGCCUCACCGUCAGAGGGCUCUGGCGUGCCUGAUCUCAGCGGCAAUGGCUAUGCCGCCCACAUCCUGAACGGCAGCAUCAUCACAUCGCUUGGAUCGAAGGGCCAUAACUAUACCGUGCGCCUAAUAUCCGGCAUGAAGCCAAUGCUGGCGGGAACACUUCUCAGUGGCCCAGACGAUGCACUCGUCCUAGUGGAUGGCACGAUCGCCUUCGUAUCCUCCAACAUCACAUAUCCCCUCGCGAACUACACUCUUCCCACGGUCGGCUGGACGGAGAUCGUACUGCAGGGCACCGAGUCGGGGACCGGGGCUUUCGUAGAUGGAGUACGGGUAGGGGAGUUCAGAGUGGACAUCGAUGAUACGACGACGAGCGUACCAAUGGCGUUUGUUGCACCUGUGCGUGUCAUCAACGCUAAUUUGGCUGGGUUCACCCUUUGGGAUGGCCUCGUUUCAGUUUAG